UCUAGGUUAUACCAGGUUAUACCGCAUGUGUGGGAUGUCUGCCGGUGCUACUUCGUGUUUGGUUUGUUGUUGCUUUUGUGACGAAAAUAUGUAAUUUUGUUGAAUAUCUACGAUAGUAGCUGAAAGAACUUUGUAUGCUUAUGUGAAAGUUUUUAUUGCGUCAUAUCAAGAUGAAAUUGAUCGAGAAGACCGACAAUUCUCUUGACGUAAACAUCAGUAACCUGGUCGAUCUGGACGAUCUAAUUGUGAAAAGAAAAAGUGGCGGCAGUAUAAUUGAGCAACGGCCGCUUUUCUCGAAUAGUGGAGAAACAUUGUACAUAACGUGGAAGAAUGUUAUAAGGGUGUACAGCACGCAAACGGGAGACUUUGUUCAAGAGUUUGAACCCUCAAGUUACAAAAUUGCCAAACUACUAAUACAUCCUGUUAAUGUUAACUGUAUUAUUGGUUGUACUGAGAAUGGGGAAUUGAAUUUCUGGGAUUGUCAAAGUGGCAUCAUCACCAAAAAACUACAAUUGAAACCUAUAGACUACAAAGCAAAGAUCAGAACUUUUCACAUUGUGAAGUACAAACUGCCUCACGGGAACGAAAUAUGCCAGGCACUAAUAACUCAUCUCUCCUCUUGUGGAAGAUACAAAUGGAAGAUACACGUACUUUUGUUUAAUAUAGAAAAUGGAAUGUGCAUGAAGUCGAUAUAUCUCUUCACGGAGUCUCAGGAUUAUUACAUUGAUGUAAUUGGAAAUCAUGGAGAAAAUUUAGUGGCACUUUUAUUUGAGGCAGAUUUACAUAUAUUGAAUCUUGCUAGAAAUUUAGUUGAUAAACUACACAAGACCGGUGGAUACAUCACGAACAGAUCACCUACUUGUAUAGCUGGUCAUCCGGAAGAAGAAUGUGUCGCCACUGGAGACUCAAGUGGUCGUAUAGUAGUGUGGAGAAAUUUAUUUCAACCCAGACCGUAUACGGCAACUUUUCAUUGGCACACAUUGCCAGUUACGGAAAUAGCGUUCAGCAAAUCAGGUGGUCACAUGUACAGCGGUGGUGGUGAGUGCGUACUGGUAAAAUGGACGUUAGCCAAUCCUCAGUAUAAAUCUUUCCUUCCGCGAUUACCGGCUCCAAUCAAACAUCUUACAAUCGCACCGGACAACUUGUAUGUAGCUGUGUCAACUUUGGAUAACGGUAUCAUUAUAGUAAAUCCUCAAAGAAAAUUGACUUCGGUGAUACAAAACUUCACGUGGGGUGUUGUUUCGUCCAAAGACCUGUUUCCCGCGGGUCUUGUCGUCGAUCCAAGAACAAAUAGUCUCGUUCUGAACAGUCGUACUGGACACGUACAAUUUUACAACACUCACACAAAGACUCUGAUGUACAACAUUAACAUAACUGCGCAAAAUUUCUUGACCCAAGAACGCGACGUGAUUAUUGUAAAUACGGAGGUUACAAAAAUAGCAAUAAAUCACGAUGGCAUGUGGAUGGCAACAGUGGAAGAACGUAACGACAAGGUUUCAUCGAUAGAAAUCAGACUGAAAUUUUGGGCGUACGAUCUGAAGAAGCAAAUAUUCGUAUUGAACACGUCUAUCGAGCUGCCUCACGAAGACGGAGUGAACGCGCUGAAUUUUCAACCAGCUACGGCAUUCGACGACGGAGAAUGGUUGGCUGUGACCACGGGCAAGGAUAAGAAAUUCAAAUUGUGGAAUCUAGGAAAGUCCACAGAAAAAGAGACGAAACAUUGGUGUUGUUACGGAGUGGGAGACUAUCGCAAUCUACCUGCUACAGAUGCGGGUUUCUCACCCGACAGCUCGUUACUGGCUAUUGGUUUUCAUUCUACCUUAACUAUAUGGAUACCUGAAACCUGCGAAUUAAAGUGUAAUCUUACGCAUUCUCAAUACGACUAUCCGAUCAAACGAGUGGAAUUCGGUAAACACGAGGCCUGUCAUCUUGUGGUAGUCGCGUCCCAACAGCACAUAACCGUUUGGAAUGUCUUAACUCUCGCUAUUAUCUGGAGCGUUCCGUUGAACGUCGUCAGUCUCACGUACGAUCCGAAAUCUACAUACAUGGCAGCACUUACAUCUGACAAUUCGUUAUACGUUUUUGUACCACAAAGCGCGGUACCUGUUUAUAAAAAGACGUGUCUUAUCGAAAAUAGCAAUUCCAUACUAGCGGCUACUUUUGUACCACAUCUGCAGGAGAAACGCAACCCUUCGUUCGGCCGGUGGCAACGGAAGUCGCAACUUUACUUUUUGGAUUCUAAUCAGGAACUGCUCACACUCGAGCCGAAAUCUGAAGGAGAGACCGGUAUUUGCUUGGAGAUCUUUUCGGAUCAAAGAAACACGCUGCGAACCGCCUUCUCUAACAUUGUAGCGGAACAAACUUCGUCGAGCAAGGAGAAGACCGUUUCGCAAGUUCACGAGCAUCUCGGCGUAUCAACGAGAGGAAUAAUAGAAGAAUUGCUCAGUGUAUCCGCUCACACUCUGCCGCCGAUGAGAUUGCUGUGCUCGUCGUUCAUCUCGUCUCUGAUGAAGCAACAAUCGUCGAAGGAUCAUUUUAGGAACGAGACUUUCCGGGACAGCGACGACGAUGCUCGUGACGAGUCUUCGGAUGUAAGUGACGAUGAGGUAUCACGGCCGGCGGCAAAACCCGUGAUCACACAGACGAACGAAAUCGAGGAUACGGAUGAGUCAACCGUGAAACUUAUCAAUCACGACUGGUCUUUUCUGUCUAAGAUAUACGCCGAUUGAGAGACAAUGUGUGUUGUUGAUUCGCUUUACACAAUCAUCUGUGCGCGACCGAAAGAUGAUGUGCACGUGCAAUCAGCAAUUCAAAAUGUAUUUCUUUCUGUGAAAGUAAAAACUCCAGCGUGUACAAAAUACGUCUCGACGGUGUAUCAAUAAGAGAUUUUUUUUAGAUGAA